AUGUCGUCAGUUAUGGUAAGUUUGAUAUUGAAAAUUAAUAAACAUUUUAUUCCAUUUUGUUUCAUGUACUAAUAAUUCAAAUGUCUAUGUGGGUACAAUGGUUUUAUAAUUCAUUUUUAUUUAAUUUGUUAAUUAUUGUUUAGUAAGAUAUAGGUAUUAGUAUUUUAUUUAACAAUUAAUACUGCAGAUCAAUGUUCCUAAUAUUUUAUAUUAGUUUGAAGAUCUUUUAAUUAUGAAAGAACAAAAUUGUACGUUUCUAUCAAAUGUAUGUACAUAAUGUUUACUAUGUACAUACAGUUAUUCUAGUGACCAUAUGUCAUAAAUUUUACUUUUAUCUGUAUUUAUUGAUUCGAUUUAUUAUAUAAUAUUAUUUAUUUCAGAUGGACGAUAGUGGUAUUGAUAGCGAUACUACUAAACGGCAUACAACUAAAACCAAAGAAAACAACCAAGUAAUUAUGCAUUUAUUAUAUUUCAUAAUAAAAAAUAUGUUAAAUGUUAAUUUUUAUUUACACUUACAUUCUAUUUCAUUUUUAUUAUUUUGUUAAGAAACUAAUAUCAAAAAUUAUAACUAAAUAUCCAAUUCCUUAUAUUGGUGUGUGAUUGAAAUAACAUUAAACAUAAUAUUAUAAAUAUGAAUAUAUAAUUUAAAUAUUUCAUUUUAUUGUUUUUUUUUACUAUACAGAAUAGUGAUGAAGAUAGCAACACAAGUGAUUGCUCGAUGAGAGUUACAAAACCUUCAUUUUUUCAGAAAAAACUUGGUAAGACAAAAAAGAAUAAAUUUUGUAUUAUUUUGUAUUGUAUGGUUUUAGUGUAGAAAAAAUCAUUAUCCUACUUUAUUUUUAUUUUGUAUAUUUUGUUUAGAUUUUGCUUUGUUUCCUUUACUGAGUUUUCAAAUUAUUUUAUCAUGCACGAUGAAUAAAUUACAGUGGUAAGAUUUUUAUAAUUUUCUUUUUUUUUUUCUUUGGUUUUAUGAGAUACAAUAUUUUUUUCUUUAUUCCUGACCUGUAGAAUGUGUUCAUUUUUGGUUACAUAGUUUUUUUUAUUGUUUUAAUUAUUUUGCAUUCUACUAUAGAACAAUAUGCUAAACCGGGUUUAAUGGAAUACAACCAAAUGGCUGUUCCAAUGAGUAAAUCCUCUAAAAAUGAUAAAUUACCAGUUUUAGUAGAUUGGGAUUCAUCCGACAGGUAUAUGAUAAUAUUUUUCAAAAUGUAAUCACUAUUUAACUUUUUUUUUUAUUUAUUUUUAUUUAAUUUAGUGAAAUGGAAAUACGUUUUUUUCCGGGACCAAAAGCUAGACAAACAUUGAGCGAUACAUUUAGUUUACAAGAAUUUCAUGGCUCUAUAGAAUCAGAGGAUUUGGACCUGAUACCACCACAGGACGCCAUUAAAACUGAAAACCAAUGCUGCACUCUAGUUUUGCAAAGGUGUGCAAUUAUUUGA